AUAUUCACAACGCGUCAGCCAAUCAGAGUAGAAGGUUGCUGUCGUGGGCGGGGCUUCGUCACACCGGUCUCGCGCUUUGCAGUAAAACAGGAACCGGCUGGUUUAAGGUCAGACAGACAGACGGACAGACAGACAGUGGUGAAUGAGCGGGUUUGACGGUAACGACGGUACAGAGUCACGGUGACACUGAAAGACAGAAAAAGGUUGACAUUUGUGGAGGAGUGAGGUCAUAGAGUCUGUGUUGAGGACCGUCCGUGUGUCUGUCAGAGGAGGACGAAGAAGAAAUCUCCUCACUUCUUUUAUUUUGAAAAAGAAGUGACACUCCUGGAGCCUGUCAGGAAUCAUUUGCCUCGGAUCACAAUGGAGCUGACGCUGGCUCACCCGGUCAUCAAGGCCUUCAUGUGUGGUUCUCUCAGCGGGACCUGCUCCACACUGCUCUUCCAGCCUCUUGACCUGGUUAAGACUCGUCUGCAGACGCUGCAGAGCAGCACAAAGCCUGGUUCAGGCAGAGUGGGGAUGGUGACUGUGCUCCUGAGUGUGGUGCGGACAGAGAAGCUGCUGGGACUGUGGAAAGGAGUUUCAGCGUCAUUUGUUCGGACCAUCCCAGGUGUGGGCAUCUACUUCAGCACGUACUACUCUCUGAAGCAGCACUUCUUUCAGGACAGCAGCCCAGGAGCCGUGGAGGCCAUGCUGCUGGGAGGAGGGGCCCGGGCGGUGGCGGGGGUCUUCAUGUUGCCCGUCACUGUCAUCAAGGCACGCUUUGAAUGUGGCAGGUACGGUUAUAGGAGUGUGACUGGAGCUCUGCGCAGUGUGUGUCAGACUGAGGGUCCUGCCGCUCUGUUCUCUGGCCUCAUGGCCACUCUCCUCAGAGACGUCCCCUUCUCUGGUAUCUACGUCAUGUUCUACAGUCAGAGCAAGGCCUUCCUGCCAGAGGAAAUCAGAAUGUCUCCUGUGGCCCCCCUGGCUAACUUCAGCUGUGGGAUCCUGGCGGGUGUGUUGGCCUCACUGCUCACUCAACCGGCUGAUGUGGUCAAAACUCAGGUCCAAGUGAAUCCCCAGCUGAGGACGGCAGAAGCUAUCAGAUACAUCUAUAUGGAAAAUGGCCUCCAGGGCUUCUUCAGGGGGGCAGUCCCUCGGUCACUCAGGAGGACCAUGAUGGCCGCCAUGGCGUGGACAGUGUACGAGAAGAUGAUGAACCACAUUGGACUGAAGUCCUGAGGAGAAACAUGGACGAGAAGCUUGUAGCAAAAAAGUGAAGAUGAAAGUCACGUCACUGAGGAGCUGCUGCUGCUGCUGCUGCUGCUGUGAAGAGUCAAAUGCUUUAAAUGACUUCAAGUAUCAGACAAAGGAGGCUGACACUUGUCUGAAUGAGCUGCACGAACAUUACAAAAGUGUUGUGAAGUGAAGUGUUUCACUGGGCUUUGGCUGAGGUUCAGUUUCCCGACUUUAUGCCUGUGCAAUGCCACAUAAUGUUGACGUUCUAUUAAUGUUCAUUCUACUAAAGUGUUUGAUGUCAGUGAGCAGUUGGAUUCCACUGUUUUAGACAUACAGUGGGGAAUCGUGAGGUCAGGACAUUGUCCCAGAUAAAGCUCAUAUUUUUGUAAUGCACUUUAACCUCUCCAGUUCUGUCAUGUCAUCUUUACAACCUGGGGAGGCUUUUCAAGCCUUUCUGAUAACACAGUUAUUUAUACUGUAAUAUUUUUGUAAAAAAAACAAGAUAUGUGCUUCUCAGUACAUUAAUCUGCCUUAGAAUAUAACACAUUUUGAUAUUUGUUUGACAUUGUUGCUAAUAUUCAUAUAUUUGCCAGUGUUAAAGUAUUUGAUCUUUUUCUGGAUGACAUUAAAUAAGGUCAAAUACAGUAUUUUGUAUCAUUUGUAUUAGUUUUUGUUGUAAUCUGACUUACUGAAUUAUACUAUUUCCAGGAGGGCUCAUUAACUGUGAGCAUACACCGUUUUGUUAUUUAGUUGGCUGGAUGUACUCAUUGGUCAGAUAGUACUGGUGGAAAAUGUAAUACAUCAACUUAAAAACUAGUUAAACCAUCACAUAUAAAACAAGUUAUUUCCUAAAAACUGAAUUUUAAGUAUGUUGUAUAAUAGAUUCUGACAGGGUGAUGGCUUUCAGUUUGAACUGUGGCGUAAAAGUAUCAGAAGCACUUUCAUGAGAU